AUGACCAGCUCCUUGUCGGCGGCCGACGUGAGCGCGCUGCUCCGUCUGCUGUGGCCGGCGCCGGGGACCGACGACGCGCGCCGCUGGUACCAGCAGGGCUUCGAGUUCCAGACGCUGCAGGCCUUCCCGCUGGGGCUCGUGCAGGGCCACGGCGGCCCGUGCGGCGUGCUGGCGGCCGUGCAGGCCGAGCUGCUGCGGCGCUUCCUGUUCGUGCGCCACGGCGAGACGCUGCGCAGCGCUGCGGAUUGCGACCUGCAGCAGUUGAUGACGCAGGACCGCCUGGUGGAGGACGAGGCGGCGCGACGGCAGCUGCUGGCCGAGGCCAUGGCCUCGCUGCUGCUGCUGCAGUGCGCUGGAGGCGGCGACCCAGCGGUGGUGCGCGUGGUGGUGGCCGAGAACACGGACACUGAGUCGCCGAGCUACAGAGAGAGCGCGGUGCAAGUGCCCGUGACGCAGGCAGAUACGGACGCUCCGCCGCAGGAGCUGGUGGCGCUGCUGCUGCGCGAGAUGCCCGCGUUCUGCAGCCCGCUGGGCGUCAUCAACUUCACGUUCAGCGUGCUGCGGACCAAGGGCGUGGACGCUGUGCGCGAGGAAAUGGACGACCCAGCGAACAAUUUGACGGGCGCAUUCGGCCACUGCACACAGGAGCUGCUGAACCUGCUGCUCACGGGCAAGGCCGUGUCCAACGUGUUUGACGGGAGCGUCCCCAUGGGCGACUCGGGGCUGUUCUUGCAUGGCGUGCCGCAACGCGCGCGUAUUGGCUACUUGACGCAGCUGGAGGCGUUGUGCUACUGCCAGGUGGGCAGCUACUACAAGUCCCCGCAGUUCCCCGUGUGGGUACUUGGCAGCUCGUCGCACUUCAGCGUUGGAUUUGCCUUGGAUCCUCGUGUAUGUGAGGAAUCGGCCUCUACACAGCUCUUCCAGCGCGUACAGAGAGUGUUUAAGACGUUCGACCCUAUGGAGACAGGUUUUAUGGAGAUGGCGUCGCUCGCUGAGUCGCUCAAGCAGCUUGGAGUAUCGCCCGAGGUCCUCUCAAAUGAGUAUUGGAUGGCGCGGUUGUUGGCCAGACUCGAAAUCUCUAGCGGUGCUGGUAUCGUGCUUUGGGACGAGUAUUGGAAGGUCAUCUCGGUGCUCCUGCACACCAACGAUUUUGAGCUGGCGUUGUCAGGAGAGUUCGAUGCGAACGCCAAGACGGAAGGGCGCCCUCCUCUUCAGCGGUCGGAUUCUGAUCUCGCGCGGGAGCUGCAGGCACAGUUUGAUGCAGAAGAGAGUGGUGGCUCCGCUACCCCCUCUGCACCUGCUCCUGCGAGCUCACAGCCAAGUCAACCAUCGGCCCCUGAACCAACGCAAAAUCCAGUGCUGUCCUUCGACUGGUUCUACUACAAUGGGCUAGGAAGCAAUGAUACUCAGAGCAACGGCCGGCGUCCUCAACUGGCCAAGUGUCGUGUGACGCUCGAAAAGUUGACGGAGUUCAUUGGUAAAUCGGUCCCGAUAGAAAAUUCGGGGAGGAGCGGGGGUCACGGUUCACCCCCACUCGAAGAAAUUAUGAAGACGAAGUGGCCCAGUGCACGGAUUGAUUGGUUGGGCUCUCCUGUUCCCAGUAUUGACUAGGUAGGUGGUGAGCACUGCGGGUAUAUGUAGGACGCUACGGGUUUUGCGUGUGCGCCUUGCGAGCUCUACUAAUUUGAAGGAACGCUUUUUAAUUUUCUAUGCAAUAGCUGGGAAGACUACAGUUUUGAACGUCU